AUGUCGGCCGCUUCGUUGGAGCCCCCCACGUACCUCAGCUCCCUACAGAACAACAUCCGAGCUCGACCUAUUCCGUGGGAGGGAGCUGUCCGAGCUGGAAACAUUACAGAUGACCACUUGAAAAAGAUCAAGGCAGUGGACAAAGUUCGCAAGGAACAGCGGCGUCAGACGAUCGACGGGGAUAUCUCAGGAUACGUGGGCUUGCUGGCAGGAGGUUCGAGCGGGAAGAGUGUCCUUGAGUCCGCGGCGAGGAGAAGCGAUAUCGUACAGUAUAUCCUGGUCCUGGCUGCAGAUCUCAUCAAUGACGCCCCGUCAUUGUCGUCCGCCCUGAUCGCUCAUCCCCAGCCGUACAAACCAUUCCUCCCUCUGCUACGCCAUUCUACGAAUGCCGAAGAUCCUAUCCCGCUGCUCACAUCAACCUUCUUGACAAACCUAGUCUCAACAAGCAUAAUUUCGUCCUCGAAAUCGGCGCCGCAAGAUGAAGAAGCUCUUCCGCAACUGUACAACUAUCUGUCCACUCUGACACGAAACCAGGACAGUGGACUUCAGGACAUUGGAGUUCAAGGGCUAUCAACAUUACUUCGAACGUCUAGGUCUCGACAGCUAUUCUGGGAGCAGCGGAAGGAGACCGUUGAUCCUUUGGUUGAGAUUCUUCGUGCGGCCGCGGGAGCCAAAGACAGUGGUUCUAGCACUACUCUUGCCGGUAGCUCGAGAGCUGGCGAUAUAGGGAUCGCCGGCGGGGUCGGUCUACAGCUUCUAUAUCGCGUGCUUCUCGUCCUCUGGCAACUGAGUUUCGAAGGCAGCCUGAUUGGUGAUGACCUGCAAUCGGACCAUGAGAUCCUUCAACUAUACUCCCACCUUCUACGACUGUCUCCAAAGGAAAAAACCACCCGUCUUCUCCUUGCGACUCUCAAGAACCUGCUCUCCUCCAACCACGCCAACCUUCUUCCAGUUGCGGUGUUUGUACGCCUUCCUGCUCUUCUUUCGAACCUCUCGGGUCGACACCUGACAGACCCCGACCUUCUGGAAGACCUGACAUACCUGUCGGAAAUUCUUGAGGAAUACACCAAAACCCAGACAACCUUCGAUCAGUACGCCGCAGAGCUACAAUCUGGCCACUUACGGUGGUCCCCACCCCACAGGAAUCCCACUUUCUGGAAAGAAAAUGCCCGCCGUAUUCUAGAUGAAUCCAGCGGGGCCCUUCCCAAAAAGCUGAGCCAGAUUAUGUCUAAGAGCUGGGAGAACGACAAGCAGGUCCUGGCCAUUGCUUGCAAUGACGUCGGGCACUUGGUCAAAGAGCUACCCGAAAGGCGGGGCCAGUUGGAGAAACUAGGGUUGAAGACAAGGGUGAUGGAGCUAAUGGCUGAUAAAGAUGAGUCGGUGCGAUGGGAGAGCUUACGAGCGGUGGGAGAGUGGCUCCGUUAUACCUUUGACGAUUGA